UUCUAAGUCCAAGUUGGAGGGAGUUUUCUUGGGGAAUUUCCUCAUCUUGAGAGCCAGCAUACAUAGAUACAUGUGCAUAAUGUAAAAAUCCCAUCUCUACUUUACCAACUUCUCCACUCAUGAGGACCAUACACACCUAAAAUCUUUCAUUUUUGAUCACCAAUUUGGCUGAUUUCUUAGUGCUUUCUUGCUUGCUAAAGGCUUGAAAUGGAAAGCAAGCAAUCCACAAUAUUCAGGCAAGUUCAACCAUCACUACCUUACUCCUUUCAGUUUAAUAGACUUUCAUCUUCUUCCCCCCACUCCGACAACAGCAACAGCCAACAACAACCUCUUCUUCACAAUCACAAGAACCACGACCAGGAGUGCAUGGAGCAACUGAAGCUUGACAUUGAAGCUAAUUGGAAAAAGAAUGAGUCCCUGGAGAAAAGGAGUGCCGCUUUGGGGAGACAAGUUCGUGAACUAAGAGUUGCUAUUUACAAACAACAAUCCAGAGUUUCUCCUAUUGUUGAAACCUACGUUGCUGCUCUCGAGAAUCAAAUUCAUGAAUUGAAGUCUGCCAUGUCCAGACUAGAAUCCAGCUCUCAUCAACUCAGUCCGGUGACAGUGGACACUAGUACUGGAAUGGGAUCAGAUGCUGCCCUAAAGGAAGUGGUAGAUAGACUGGAACAUCGGGUUGUGCAACUAGAACUUGACUCUUUGAUGAGUGUUAGGAAACAAGAAAUGGAAAAAGUUGUGGAAAAGAAUGCAGAAUUGGGGAACCAACUUACACAACUAACAAGUACUAUUGAUCAACUAAAGUCUUCAUCUUCUCAUCUUCUUCUUGUGGAACAGGAAACUGACUUGACCACUCCCAUGGAAGCAGAACAUGGAAUGCAAGGACAUGAGACAAAAGAUCUUGUUAGCUGCCUCGUAGUUUUGAUUUUUUUAGUUUCUGUUCUCAUUGGUGUUACUCUCUAAGAAGUAGCAGUUCAAGAUUUGUAGACCUAAAACAUUAAAAAAAAUAAUAAUAAUAAUAAGUUUGGCUAACAAAAAAAAGUGCACUUAUUUCA